GCGUCAACUAUUUAACGCGCCCAACGCGUAGUAUACCGCGCAAUAUCCUGUAAUCUUUUCUUAGUGGGAUUAGCCUCAGCCGUCUGGGCACAUUGCUCCAAAAAUGUCGUCACCACCCGGUGGCCAGAAUGUUGACAGUCUGACUGGUUUCAAUCGGCAGUCUGUCCGAGAAUUGGUAGUCGUCGAUCGCCUCAUCCCCGCGAGCACGCUUUACUUCUUCUUCGACUUUACCUUCGAAGGAAACCUGUACAGCGGCGGAAAAUCCCGUCUCCCGCUCAUUCAAGAAGACGAGGUUCCUUUCUUUAGCAGACCGUAUGCCAAUUGGGCGCCGUCACCAUAUAACCGAACCGCAUCGUCUGUGCAAGAGCGCAUUCUAAUCCGCCCGCCCGAGUUCGAUGCAACCGUCGAACGUCGGAUUUCCUGUAUGCGCGCUCGGCUUUGGGAAGGGAUGGUGCCUAUGUCCGGUGCUCGCUGGAGGGAGAAGAAAUUGGAUGACCCGAAGAACUGGCAAUUCACUUUCGAGUUCCUGCUCGACACCAUCUACACAUUUAUGUGGCUGGGCGAUCCGGACAUUCAAGCAGGUAUCCAGGGUAGUUUCAAUUUCGUGGCGAAAGAGCUGGAGACGUUUCAGGACGCUGUGAAUGCGAGGAGGGCGCAGAACGGGCUCGCCACGAGAAUAAAUAUGACGGCCCUGUGGCUCGAAUUCAUCCAGGACCUGUUCGAAACAAUGGUCACGAGGACGCAUUCCUGGUUCGUUGACCGUGUCGACGAAAUCAUCACGAAGGGGAAAGCCGAAUACGACGCUGCUGUCGAUGCUAAUGGCGCUGCGAAUUCGGCCGACGCCGCGAAGAAAUUCCUCGAAUCGUGGUCGGACCUGAACAGGCUGCUGAAAAUGGCGGACUACACUAUCAUGAUGCCCAUGGAUGGGUUUACCGGCUUCUCCGCAUCCAACUCCAAUUCGAAAGUAGUCGGAUCCAUGUUCCCGCCACCUUUUCGACUCGACCAGCAGGACGAACUGUCCGCUCAAAUGGCCUGGCCUGUAUGCACGCGCCUCUUACCCACCAUUCAGUCCGUGUAUACGAAUCCAGGCUCUAUCAAUGCCAUCCUGAAGGAAACGAAGGAGAACAAUGACAGGCUACGGAUCCAAAUGCGGGGUGAGCCGAAGAAGCUGGGCCGUGAACACUGGAUUUCUAUCAUCAAGUCUAGGACGGAUUGGUCGCUGAGCCAUGGUGGACCGCAGGACCAAAGAUGGGGCUUCGUCGCGUAUAUGCUUACACGUAAGCCGACGAAGGAGCAAUGGGAGACGUUCUUCGCUAGAGUUAACGUAGACUUCCAGCGUUCGGGUGAAUGGGUUGAAGGCUUCGAUGAAGUAAAGCAAAAUGCGGCGUUGCAGUGGAUCGACGCCAAAGCAAUCGGCAUUCCGGACAACGAUAUCGAGGCUGCGAAACGCCAUUUCCAAACCUUCCGCAACACGUCAGCAAGCCGUAAACGCGCCUGGAAAAUGGACUUCUUCGUCGUUGAUGCCGAAUCUUUUGCCUCCUACAUGGACUCCCCGACCACCUUUCAGAACCGCAAGCCAUACGGCGACCACGGCGGCUUCCUCAAGCUCAUCGACACGACUGCGUACGAUCCACGUCUCAUCGCAGAGACAGCGCCGGGCUUUAGGAACGAACUCAAGGUGCUGGGUAGCCUGGUGUUCGAUGACGUGUAUCCGCUCGUCGUGAGUUUAGCGCAAAGACCGCGGGAUCUAUGGCCGUAUGCGAUGCUACACCCGAACCAGGUGUAUGUGGGUCCGACUGUGGAGAGUCAGGAGAAGGAGUGGGAGAAGGUUUGGAAGCUGAGAAAAGUGUAUUGGAGCGCUUUCUGGAAGUGGAGGAGUGAGCGUGGGGCUUGAACCCAGACUGGUGGCCUACGUCGCGAUGCUCUGCAAGCACCUGUGGGCUUUAAAUGGUGAGUGUUAGCUCGUGACAUUGAGUUGAAUCGGACUGCCCAUGAUGAUAGCAUGCAUGU